GGAAGUUAAGCCCAAGGGAGAGAAGCAUAACUCCCCAAUAAAAGAGAAAAAAGUACUCUGGACUUAACCCUCUCAAGAAUCAAGAUGCAGAUGUCCGAGCCCCUCAGCCAGAAGAACGCGCUUUUCAAGGCCAUGAACCGAUUUAUCGGCGCCGUCAACAACAUGGACGAGACGGUCAUGGUGCCGAGCCUACUGAGAGAUGUGCCGUUGGACCAGGAAAUUGAGCUGCAGAAGUUAACUAAAGAGCCGGACAGCUAUCGCAGGGAUGUUGAGGUGGACAUGUACAGCUACUACAGCCAGCUCAAGUCCAUCCGAAACAACAUCGAAUGGGGCGUCAUGCGUGCAGAGGAGCAGAGGCGCAAAAAUGACAAUUCUGCGUCGGAGCCACCGCGCACCGAGCCCGAGGGCGACAUGGACUUGGAAGAACUCCUACAGUACCACUUGAGGGGUUUGCAUGGGGUGCUGUCCAACCUUACAAGUCAAGCCAACAACCUGACUAACAGAUACAAGCAGGAGAUUGGCAUCGCUGGCUGGGGACAGUGAACUGCAUCGUGAAGGACAUUAAUUAGGAUAUGAUGAUUUGUUCUGACCUAAUAUAGUUUGUAUUUGUAAAAAUCCUAACUCCCAUUUAUACUGUCAAGAGGUUCGAAGGAAAGAUAUGCCAAGAUGGGAAAGUGGUUUUGUUUGAAUGUUUUCUAUAGUGUUGAUCACUGACAUGUUAAAAGGACUGCUUCUUGUAUUUAUGUCAUGGCAUAUAAUUUGCACUGACAGUCUUUUUAAAUCUCUGUUUGAGUGGCUGAAUGCCACCUUACCUUGCUAUUUAAACCUAUUUAUGUAUUAUGUAUAUUUGAAUGCUUUUAUUUUUUCAUUCUUUAUGAGAGGAAAAUUGUUGUCUUAUGAUGUUCCUGUAUACAUUCCAGAGUACAACUUGUGAGUUUGUUUCCUCUGAUAACUUUAGGAACUGAGUCUAUGAUAAUUUUUUUGAGGUUUUUUGAAGUUAUAGAGAACCCUUUGGACGUUCUCUGCUAACUGUAGACUGUAUAGACUGUAAACUAUCUGUGAAUCAACUUGUGAAUCAAUGACGUGGACAGCUCUGAGAAUCACUGUGUGUGUAUCAUGAUGAGCUUCAUGAGGUUCUGUCAUAGUGUGCCUUGUAGGCCCUAAGUAUGAUUGUUCACAGCAUAUUUUGUUUGCCUGAAAAAAUAAACUUUUGUAUUUGAAUUCAUCUUA